AAAAAAAAAACAGGAUUCGGCAUGACAUUGCCGCUUUAAUGUGCAAACAAGUAUCAUCUAACCCCUGUGCAUCUAUUUACAGAAACUAAAUAGUUGAAAACUGCAAAUUAUUACUGUUACUAUUAUAGUACAUAUGAGAAAAUCCAUAAAGUGUUACAUCCAUCUUUUAUUUUGUAUUGUAGCUGGUACAUUUGGUGAAAAUCUAACUGUUCACAAGGCGUCUGUGGCUGUCUCUGUUGGUCAAUCCAUUCUCCUGCAGACCUCGUUUACCUUGUCCCAUGAAACUCUAGACUAUGAAUUCCAGUGGGAAACUGGAGAUUAUGUGAUUGCUAAAUACACUGCAUACAAUAGCUCUUUCACUCCUCAAGGAAUCCCUACAUGGACCAAUGGAAGGACAAAAAUUUACCCAAAAUACAAAGAGCGAGUGGAAAUUUAUCCCUUGAACGGGUCUCUGUUACUGAAGAAUGUCAAGCUGAAUGACACAAGAAUCUAUAUCUUUUGUGUCUUAAAUGUUGAAAAGAAUAUACGACUUUGGGUCCAUGAAAAUUCUAAGACUCUUGGUAAGUGUUCUAAAGAUUGAGUACAAUAUACUGUAUAGCUUUGGUGUACCCCAUGGGAAAAUUAGUGGUUAUUUACUAAUCUCAGAGUGACUGAUUUCAGACUUGCCACUUAAUUGUCUACAAUACAAGCUGGGUCAGGGUACCAGAAAUCCUUAAGGGAAGAAACAAACUAGGUCAGGAUAUCAGAAUAACACAAAGUCAAAUAUAAGACAAGGUAAAUAUAAAAAUGUAACAGGAGAGAGUUACUAAGACUACUAAUGCAUAUCAAGACAGAAACCACAAUAGGACAAGAAGAAAGGGCCAAAAUUAGAGUGAAAUAGGUUCAAAAUGUUUCUGAUUGGUCCACAUUACCUCUGCGACUCCAGAAUAAUUGAUAAUGGGCGUCACCUGGAUGACGUGAUCACUUUAAGGGUGGGCGUGAUGUCAAAACUGUUGAAUUUAUAAACUUCAAGCCAUUCAAACAGGCAACAUCUAAUAUGAUGCAGGGAAGAGGAUUUCAGCCUCCAAGAACCAGCAGAGGAAACUGUUCACCGGGCCAAAAGGUAAGUAUUCCCUGUUCAGAGUGUGUGACCUGACGAGGGGAGCUGUGCGGGCUCCAGGAGCAGAUACGUUUGUACAAAUGCAACAUCUAUAGCACUGAUGCAUUCAUGUAUGAUUGCUCAGGCAAAUACUCUUAAUGGCCCCAUUCACAAAACUGUGACUUGGACUCUGUGUAAAGUGAUAUCCUUGGUAUGGCUGCUAUCUUUGUAUUGAGCAAUUACACAAAUUAGAAUUUAAAAAAAUAAAGAAUAUACUGUAUAUAUAAGAAAUAUAAGGUAAAAUUAUACGAGGGCUGGGAAAAUCACCAAAAGUGCAAUGUAUAUAGCAAUAUGUAGCAGAAAUCUAAAUGUCCAUGGACAAUGUUUACAGCUGGCUUCCCACCCAAAGAAUAAAAGUAGACGCGUUUCGACAGAAAAGUUCCAGGCUGGCUUAUGUCAAUUGUGUGCAUAUUUCUAUGUACAGAGGAGCAUUCAUUGGCUCAGAGCAAUCAACUGGUUCUCUCAGCCAAUGAAUGAGCAACACAGAAUCGUCAUCCAGCUUCGGCAGCUCUGCAGAAGCCGGAUGUUGUAAAUCUGAGGCUCGGUGCUCAGAGAGACCCAGGUAAGAGGGAAAACUUUUGCAAACUUAUUUACCCUGCUACUGGGGAAUGGUGCCAGGGUACUCCUACCAUCAUAACCAAUAGAGCAGGCUAUAGUGGAUAUGAUGGUUGGAGUCACUCUUUAAGGCUUGGCAGUCUUUUAAAGCAAAGUUGAGGUUUCUUGUUGAGGAGGAGUGAUUAAUGGUUUCCUCUUGAGCUUAAUGAAUGAAGACAAGUGACAGCAUACUGCAGAGUAGUAUAGUUCCCAAUGAGUCCUUGAAGAGGGUGGGACUUGUUAAAGGGACACUAUACGCACGCAGACCACUUAAUCUCAUUGAAGUGGUCUGGGUGGAGUGUCUCUGUCCCCCAUAGCCCUGCAGUGUAAAACAUUGCAGUCUUAGAGAAACUAUAAAUGUUUACAUUGCAGUGCUAAGACUGCCUCAAGUGGCUGUCUACAUGCAGUCUUCAUUUUACCUCCCUUCUAUAUAUAUAGGCUCAAUGAUCUGAUCCAGUGUAUUCUAGAAUGUGUAUUUAUUAUAGAAAAUUGUAUGUUGGACUCAAAGGGGAUUGCGACAGAACCAAACAAAUGUGUCACGCACAGGACAUAACACUAAAAAGAGGACACAAAAUUUGUAAUUCUUAUGAUGUUGACUGACUCUGUUGCCCCACUAAUGUUGCAGUAUUUACUCCAUCCAUAAAAUAGCUUUUGUUUGUGACCCUAUGAUGUCACACGGGAAUGUCAAUAAUGAGAUUGAUGCAAAUAAUUUAGUUCUGUUUUAUUAUUCUCCUUUUUUUCCUUUGAUGUUAUAUCUUAGUUAAUUACGGCAUACAAUUAAUUCCUAAUUCCUUCAUUCUUUUCCUAGGUGAAAUGAAAUUGCGUGGAUGGAAUGACACCAUAUUUAUUUUCCGGAUAUUAUUAUGCUUCUUCUUCGUUACUUCACUCAUUUUGAUAACCAGAUGCUUAGAUGGCUCACGCCCCUUGCUCUCUGCCAACCAUCAGCAUUCUUAAUGUACAAAGCACUAUCUGCUAAACGACUCCUUUCUGUCAAGAUAGAUUCUGUAUAAAUUGAAAAUAACUGAAAACAAGUAUGGG